CUACCCGCCGCCAUUAUGAACAUCCGCAACGCUCGGCCAGACGACCUGAUGAAUAUGCAGCACUGCAACCUCCUUUGCCUUCCUGAGAACUACCAGAUGAAAUACUAUUUAUAUCAUGGCCUUUCCUGGCCCCAGCUUUCUUACAUCGCUGAGGAUGAGGGCGGGAAGAUAGUGGGCUAUGUCCUAGCCAAAAUGGAGGAGGACCCAGAUGAUGUCCCGCAUGGCCAUAUCACCUCACUGGCCGUGAAGCGUUCACACCGCCGCCUCGGCCUGGCCCAGAAGCUGAUGGACCAGGCCUCCAGGGCCAUGAUAGAGAACUUUAACGCCAAAUACGUGUCUCUGCAUGUCAGGAAGAGUAACCGGGCAGCCUUGCACCUCUAUUCUAACACCCUCAACUUUCAGAUUAGUGAGGUGGAACCUAAAUACUAUGCAGAUGGGGAAGAUGCUUAUGCUAUGAAGCGGGAUCUCUCGCAGAUGGCAGAUGAGCUGAGACGACAAGUGGACCUGAAGAAGGGUGGGUAUGUGGUCCUGGGCUCCAGGGAGAACCAGGAGACCCAGGGCAGCACACUUUGUGGUUCUGAAGAGGCCUGUCAGCAAAAGAACCCGGAUACCGAAGAAAGUGGCAGUGACAGCAAAGAACCUGAGGAGUCUGUGGAGAGCACCAACGUCCAAGACAGCUCAGAAGGCUCGGAUUCCACCUCCUAGAGCAUGCUUAAGCAUUGCAGGUCCUCAUGUCUCAACCACAUCUACCCUGUGAACCCUGGCUUAGUCUGUCUGCUCUGCAGCAUCUGCUGUGGGGAUCAUCUCACAGUGACCAAAAUGGCUUCUUACUCUCAACUCUAAACAACCACCUUUCACGUAUCCUGCUGGGAUCAUGAAGGAAUACCUGGACACAAGAGCUGCUGCACAACAGCCAACGAAGUUUGAGACCUGCCAUUACAGAACCUUUCUUGGCCUACUCACACCGUGCUGCCGUUUUAUUCUGUUUGUAGUAGUCCUCUGUUGGGUGUGGUUAUCCUGCAAGUUUUUCUCCUUUUAGAAUG